GCAAACCGUGAGGUAGCCCCUUUAAUGUGCGUGGGGUCUAAAAUUGUGGUCAAAUCACCUAGGGAAAAAUAGAUUGUAUUGUACUCUAACUGCAUAGAGGAGCACGAGUAAGGCGACAUCUUUUGACGCUAUGUUAGUUCUCAUUUUGGUUUCUCUUUUUUCACAGCUGCUAUUGUCUACAAGUUACUUUUGGCGAAAUUAUUUGAAUCAUUACUUUGACUUCAACGACGAAGACGACGAAAGACUGACUGGCAUGCUUCACGAGCUUGGGAGUUCGUGGUUCUUUGGUUGGGGCCACGGAGUGGUGCAGGGUUUAUCCGAGGGAGAUUUGUUUGAAGAGCUCCCUAGGAGAUGGAAAUCCGGUGUUAUCCAUCCGGUCGGCCCGGAUGUUCGUAACAAAGUCCAGGAUUAUAAAGCCAUGUACGAAGCGCUUUAUCAGCUACAGAAACUUCAGGACGAAGUGAAUGAACGAGAAAUUGUCUACAUUGGUGCUUCACAGAACAGCGGUGAAUGUCCGGUCGAUACGCUGUUAUUUCACUGGGAAAACGACAAGUUACCGUCGCAAGAAGAAGUCAUGGAAAUAUUCCACUUCAACACAAAUCUUCAGUUAGAUAUCCGCUAUGAGAGGUCAGAGAAAAACUUCGCAGAGGAAAACGAACUCGAUAGAGUCUUUAAAUGCCGACGACAGUUGCCAAGCGAAAGCAGUUUCUACGAAACGUUACCCAAAGUGUUGGACGGGUUCAUCAAAGUUCAUGUGGACUAUCAAGGUCGUUCCCAAACCUUCAGACCGUGCCCGGUGUUCAUUCUCACCCAGCUCUCUCCCGGUUGGUGUGGAGGUGUUUUGACAGGAGUCUGGUAACAAGAAUGAUGUCAUGGGCCGUUGGUUCCUAAGGACAAACGAUCGGAUCCCGUAUGGGGUGGAUGACGGGCCGGGAAAUUGUUGACAGUCAUGUAUCCCCACGGGAAAUCUUACGCGAAGUCCGUGCUAACCGAUUUUUCCUCCGACCACAAAGUACAGGAAUGGAGAUUAAAAUAUCCCUAGUCAGCUCAGCGUGGCGAGGAAAUUCUUGUUCACUUUGGGUAGAAUGUUAGUGCGUUCGUGUCACUCUCUGCAGUAGCCGAAAAUUUGGACCGUCACAUAACGUUCUCUCAAACGUUGCGUGACCCCCAAGUAACGCGUUACGUUGGAGGAGACGACAUCAUCGUUACGUUACGAGUGUCGCGUAAUUACUUAGUUGUUUACUGAUAUAAGUUCAGUUACCAAGCGAUCGAAGACGUGUCCGUUUCAAGUAAUAAUAUUGUGUUCCUAAAAGAAAAUGCACGUUAUCCAGUAAUAUAUCACGAGAGGAGCAUAAACUGUUUGGAUAUUGCAUUAAAUCGACGCCUGCAGAGAGGGUGUUAAAAUGUAAAAUACAAUAUAUUGCGAGUUAAAAAGCUUUGAAUAAAAAGAUUUUUAGGAAGAA